AUGGCUCUUUUUCCCGCUUGGCUAUCGGCUGUCAUCCUCUUCCCUCACUCCCCACCCACCACCGGCCAUGGUUGCAUCCUCAACUGUCCGCGUGCCGCGUCCUUCUCCUUGAUUUCGCGAACCAUCUCUGGACCGCUCCCGCUGUUCCCUGCACCCAUCAGCAUAAGCAUCACCAUCGCCGGGAACCACGACCCUCUAUUUCUGUUCCUCUGUCACAGCCACCAUGUACGCUUCUUAUGCAGAGAGAAGUCGCGCAGUUAUCUCCCCGUCUCAGAUCAAUAUUUCGAAAAGAGGGAUUCAACGACACAUCCUGCUUGCUUGUCAGUCAUCUUCUUUUCUCUCUCUCUCUCUCUGUCUCUCUCUCGUGUCUAUGUUGCUUGUCGGCUUGUUCAAUCUAGAAUGUUUCUCAGUGUGGUUCAGCCGAAAAGUCUCAAUAGUGAUGGCGGCGGUAUGUUUGGAGACAGUGACAAAGAUGGUAGAAAAGAUGGUGGUAGUAAGAGAAAAGAGCCAAGGAGCCGAAUUCUGUUUGGUGAGGAGAGAAAGAAUCUGCGACAGGCAGAAGAGGGAACGAUGGAAACUGGAAGUAGGUUUUGA